UUGCCGCGGCCCGCGACUUCAACUUCUACCGCGAGCCGACUGGCCGUCAGUUUACGUCCGGACGUCGACGGGGCCAGAUCGACGCACAUCCGCCACGAUGAUUUCCCUUCUUAUAAUUGGCCUUCUCGCCCUCUUCGGCAACGUGAAAGACAUCAUGGCGGACAAAGACUCUUCUCUCCAGGCUGUGACGCGUGCUUCGGGCGAAUUCUCGAAAAAUUUCUACGAGGUCGUCGCCAAAGAACAGGAGGGCAAGAAUUUAAUAUGUUCUCCACUAAGCGCCUCGGUAGUCUUGGCAAUGGCCGCCUAUGGCGCUGGUGGUAAUACCGCUGCGCAGAUGAGAGCCGGUCUUCAUCUUCCCAGCAACGACGAAGUCGCCAAAUCCGGGUUCCAGAACCUCGUGGACGUCCUGAACAACGUAAAGGGCGUCGAAUUGCGCCUGGCGAACAAAGUCUUCGUCGACAAGAGAUUCCCAUUGAAGUCGAGUUACCAGGCCCUAACUACCACCUCUUUCCGGUCAGCUGUCGACCUGGUUGACUUUUCAAAAAAUGUUGAAGCUGCCAACACCAUCAACUCCUGGUGCGCCCAGCAGACGAACAACCGCAUCCAGAACCUCAUUCCUCCGGAUAGCCUCUCCAGCGAUUCUGCUCUGGUGCUAGUCAACGCCCUGUACUUCAAAGGCAACUGGAAGACCAAAUUCAACCCCAGCGACACUCACGAUAGGCCUUUCUACGUAAACGGGGUGACCAAGAAGAAUGUACCGACGAUGUACAUGUCCGCGUCCAUUAAGUACGGUGAAAUCGACGAGCUGAAUGCUAAAUUCGUCGAGUUGCCUUACAAGAACGAGGAGUUGAGCAUGAUCAUCAUUCUUCCCGACAAACUCGACGGUUUGCCAGAGCUCGAGAAGAAGUUGAAGAACUUCGACCUUCGCCGCCUUAAUGAUUUGGGAUACGAGAGAGACGUGGAGCUCUUCUUACCGAAGUUCAAGAUCGAAUCGACGUUGGAGCUGGAACCGGCCCUGAAAAAGCUUGGAUUCGCGGACAUGUUCUCAUACAACGCCAAUUUCUCGGGAAUCUCUGACGUUCCUCUCCAAGUCGCGAAAGUCAUCCAGAAAGCUUUCAUCGAGGUGAACGAAGAAGGCAGCGAAGCUGCCGCAGCUACGGGACUGUUGGUGGACUUCCGAAUUGGUAGCCAUAGGUACAACUUUUUCGGAAAUCACCCAUUCGUGUCGAUAAUACAAUACAAGGGUAUUGUGCUGACAUAUUCUCAAGUCAACGCGCCCGAAUUCGAAACCGAAGUCAAAAUCGAACCCGCAGUCGAAGUCAAAGUUGGAAUCGAAGAGCCGGACUAUAAUUGGGUGUGGGGAGCUUGAAAUUUAAAUUAAGAAGGACGAGCCUGAUAAUUUCCGGUCAGGUUGUCGGAAUUCAAAAUUAAGGUAUUAGAUAUGUAAUUGGCAGUAAUCAGAUAUUGCGUGUUUUUCUUUUUAUUUCGUUUAUCGGGAUGUUAUCAAAUUUGUUAAAUCGAGGCAUUGAUGUCAAAGGAAAUAAAAUGAUUGGCAGUACAUCAGGAAUGGUUUCUUUUUUUAUUGUUGUCGGGGUGUUACCAGCAAUUUCUUAAUUUUAGGUAUUAAUUUGUUGGUGGUCCAUAAAUGAAGCAAAAAUGAUUUUCUUCUCUGGAUUCAAUGGCGAACCUUGGAUACACAUUUGUCACACACUGCGUUUAACUUCAGCAACAAUCAUUACGUGCGAUUAUUUAAUUAUCCAUCACUAUCACUAUGGAA